AAAGGGCCACUUUUCCAACCUUGCUCCUCCAUCCCUGCCUCCCCUUUUGCGCAAAGAAGAACAAUCUAGCAAAGCAAGAGCAUCAGUGCUCCUCUCUUUGGGCACAGGCUGAACAUCCUUUCUUUCUUGCAGUGGUUUUUCCCCUCCUCCCUCUGCAUUUUCCUCCCCAAAAAAGGUGUUCUUUUUUUCUUCCCCAUCCACCUUUUUUCCUUCUGCUUUUUAACCCAGCUGGUGCAGAAGCUGCUGAGCAAAAGAAGGGGGGAAUUUCCCCCCUUAGAAAUUGCCAUCCUUCCCCCAAUGUCUUUUUUUGUCCCUGGUCUUUGCUUGGUUACUGUCUCUCUUGGAUGGUUGCGGACAAAGAUGCCCAUCAAGGCAAGGCAGGGACAGGUGUAAAAAAUAAGGGAAGGAGGAAAAGAGAGAGAGAGAGAAGGAGAAGAAGAAUCUGGCCCCCUUGUUUCUUCCUUCCAAAGGUUUAGAGAGUUGGCUUUGUAUGUGAUAUUAAUAUAUAUAUAUAUAUAGAGAGAGAGAGAGAGCAAAGACUGCAGCAAAAGAAGAGGAGGAAAAAAAUCAUCUCCUCUGGGAGGCACCCAGCAAAUCCAAGGUGUGACGGGUGCUCCCCAUGGAGACCAUGAGCCCUGCCUGUCUGCCUUUCACCCUACUACUGCUGUUGGAAGCCCCGAUCCAUGCACUCUUCCCUGAAGAGCCUGGUCCCAUCAGUGUGGCCCUAGAUGACUAUGUGAAACAAUAUUCGGUGUUUGUGGGGAAUGGGAUGGGCCGCUUCUCCAGCCAAGAUGGAGGAGCCGAGCGUCUCAACAUCCAGAGGAUGCUGAUCGUCAACAGGACCUUGUUUGUAGGAGAAAGGGAUAACUUGUACCGGAUAAGCCUGGAACCUACCUCGGCCGGUGAGAUGAGAUAUCACCGGAAGUUGGCAUGGACGUCGAAUCAGCACGAUAUCAACAUCUGUCGGAUGAAGGGGAAGCACGAGGCAGAAUGUCGGAAUUUUAUCAAAGUCUUGCUCCUUCGCAAUGACAACAUGCUCUUCAUCUGUGGCACCAAUGCCUUCAACCCCAUCUGUGCCAACUACAGUAUGGAUGGCCUCGAACUCAUUGGCGAUAACAUCAGCGGCAUGGCCCGGUGUCCCUACGACCCCAAGCAUGCGAAUGUGGCCCUCUUUACAGGAGGGAUGCUGUUCACUGCCACCGUGACGGAUUUCCUGGCCAUCGAUGCCGUGAUUUAUCGCAGCCUGGGUGACAGUCCGACCCUGCGCACCGUGAAGCAUGACUCCAAAUGGUUCAAAGAACCCUACUUUGUCCACGCCGUGGAGUGGAAAAGCCACGUUUACUUCUUCUUCAGAGAGAUCGCGAUGGAGUUUAACUACUUAGAGAAGGUGGUAGUUUCACGGGUGGCUCGGGUGUGCAAGAACGACAUGGGCGGAUCGCAGCGAGUCCUGGAGAAGCAGUGGACGUCCUUCCUCAAAGCUCGGCUCAAUUGCUCCGUCCCGGGGGACUCCCACUUCUACUUCAAUGUCAUCCAGUCGGUCACUGACAUCUUAGAAAUCGACGGGAGACCCGUCGUGCUGGCCGUCUUCUCCACCCCAACUAACAGCAUCCCUGGGUCGGCUGUCUGUGCCUUUGACAUGGCCCAAAUUGCCUCCGUCUUUGAAGGCCGCUUCCGGGAACAAAAAUCUCCCGAGUCUAUUUGGACCCCAGUGCCGGAAGAGUUGGUACCGAAGCCACGGCCAGGUAGUUGCGCAGCUCCUGGGAUGCGCUACAAUUCCUCCAGCUUCCUUCCGGACGAGAUCCUCAACUUUGUCAAGACGCAUCCCUUGAUGGAUGAAUCGGUGCCGUCUUUGGGCAACGCUCCCUGGAUCAUCCGGACCAUGACCCGGUACCAACUGCGGAAGAUUGUGGUCGAUCCUGCAGCCGGGCCUGGCAGAAACCACACGGUGGUCUUCCUGGCCUCCGACACGGGCACCGUCCUCAAGUUUCUCAUCCGUGCCAACAUCAGCACCAGCUCUACAACCGUCAAGGCCAGCAGUCACAGCUUACUCCUGGAGGAGUUUGAAACAUACCCAAGUGACCGGUGUGGCAAGGACAGUGCGUAUGAACGGAAACUGCUGGGCAUGGAACUGGACAAAGCCACCGGCUCUCUACUGUUGGCAUUCCCGCCCUGCGUGGUGCGUGCCCCUGUGGCCAGGUGCCACCAGCAUUCUGGCUGUAUGAAAAACUGUUUGGGCAGCCGUGACCCAUACUGUGGUUGGACCUCCGAAGGUGCCUGUAUUUUCCUGGAAACCAAUACCAGAGUGGCAUUUGAGCAAGACAUUCGUGGGGGCAGAACAUCACACCUUGGAGAUUGUGAAGGGCUGGUGACUGAAAGCUUUGUGGAUGAACCCGACGGUUUGGUGUCAGUCAACCUACUGGUGAUCUCCUCCGUGGCAGCCUUCGUCAUCGGGGCCGUGAUCUCUGGCUUCAGCGUCUGUUGGUUCAUUGGCCACCGUGACCGGAAGGAGUUGGCCCGCCGGAAGGACAAAGAGAACAUCCUCUCCCACAGCGAGUCGGUGGUGAGUGUCAGCCGGUUGGGCGAACGGCGAUCCCGAGGCGGUCCUGGUGGUCAACCGGAGAACCUGCUGGCUCCAUUGAUGCAGAAUGGCUGGCCCAAGGGACUCAUCAAGGUCAGUCAACAUGACCUGGAUUCAGGGGUGCUCCCAACCCCAGAGCAGACCCCCUUGCAACAGAAGCGAUGCCCCAAACCAUGCAGCUGGGAAUACAGCCACAAUCUUAUCAAUGCAUCUUUACGGGGCGGCGAUCCUCCUUCAUCUGUUAUCCUUUUCCAUACCGGUCACAGUCCGGUACCAUCGCACCACAUCAGCUCCGGACGGGUCCUGCCUAUUUCUUGCCACUCCAUGUUGAUGGACCAAGAACUGGAGGGUGGGACUGGGGACCUCUCCUUGGACAUGCGUUACCUCCCCAUUGGCACUGGCGGUGGGGGGAGCGGCAAUGAUGGGCCCAGAGGGGGGCCAUCCCAACAGCAACAGCUGCAGCAAAUCCCUCCUUCCCACCGGCCCUGUGGGACUCGGAGCUCCUACGGUGGCGAGAUGCCCAUCACGCCACACGACAGCCCAGACCGGCGACGGGUGGUCUCAGCCCCAAGCGGGGAGACGGGGGAUUCCACUCAGUGGAACCCCGAAAAGCUGAACUCAAAUAGCAACAACGCCGCCACCAAGGUGAACGCACAUCUGAAGCGCAACCACACUUUCAACAGCGGGGAGGGCCAAGCGGCCUAUGCCCGGGCACAGCAGCGGGCGCCUACGCUGGGUCCCCAUCACACCCUCACGGACUUGAGCCACCUUCUGAAAUACAGUGGCAUUGAGCGGACUCCCUCCUCGGUCAAAUAGGGGCGCCGGACCAGGGGGUUUGGCUUGGCUUGGUGACCUCCCUCCUUGCGCAAAAGGGGAUGGGGUUUCAUGGCGGAGAGGAAGAGGAGAGGCACAGCAGGGGGGAAACGACCAUCGAGAGACCCUUGUUCCCAUGUGGGAAGGGACAGAGGAAAUGUCAGACCUGCGUUCCCCCCCUCUCCGAUGCGUAUGGAUUGUUGAGGAGAGGGAGGUCAUCCGGGAAGUGCUGCUUGGGGCAAAAAAAAAAGAGGGGGGGACCUCUUCUGUGUGUGAGUGUGAGUGUGUGUGUGUGUGAGUUUGGGGGGGAAAUCUUCAUUCUGGCGCUUCCUUGUUGAACUCUUUCUCACGGUUAUGGUGAUCCUCUUCUGCUCAGACAUGUGUUGGGUGGGUGGGUGGGCAGGCCAGCUCAAAUACUGCGUUCUGCCCACUCUGGCUAUUCUAUUGCCAUUGUCACUCUAUGAGACACGACAGAAGGAAGAGGGUGGAGGAAGUCAUAGGAAGCCUCGGCUCGCUAGGGAAGUUGCGAAAGGAGGUACGGCAUCAAUUCGAUGGAGAAUUUGCAAAAAGAGAUACACUAGAGGAGUGGCACAAGGAGCUACAGCAUCAACAUGCUAGGGUAUUUGCAAAAGGAGGUAGAGCAUCAACUCGCUAGGGAAGUUGCAAAAGGAGUUACGGUAUCAGCUCAUUAGGGAAGUUGAGAAAGGAGGUACAGCAUCAGUUCAAUAGAGAAUUUGCAAACGAGUGAUACACUUGGGGAGUUGCGAAAGGAGGUACAGCAUCAACUUACUUGGGUUGCAAAAGGCCAUGGACAAAAACGGGGGCUUCCCUACUGAAUUUUCUCUCUCUCUCACUGUCACGCUCUCUCCUUCCCCUCACUUUGCUUCUUCUAUUGUUUUGAUUCAGUGUUUGGAGCGUGGUCUCCGGCUGCGAAAGGGAUAUUUUGAAGAAAAACAACAACGACGAAUCAAAGACUAGGUUUCCUUCUCCUGUCCCUAUGCUGGUUUCUUUUGCUUUGGGGUGAGGUUCUAAUGUGUUGCUUAAAAACACAUACACAAUGAUAUACUCAUAAGAACAGUUGGUCCAUUUGAUAGAGAAUAGCACCAUAUCCAAGGCUGCCUUUCCUUUAUGGGAUCAUGUAUUUCCUUGUGUGGAGAGGUCCUUCCUCUCUGUUUUCAAUUGGUGCUAACCAUCAGGAAGUGAGGAUCAGUCCCGCUUUGGAAUGCUUUUGCAGAUCUCACACCACUUUGACUCCAGCUGAUAUCUUCUGGGUUCCAUCAAAGAGUCAUAGGGCUAUCGUUCAAGUAGAUUUUUUGGAUUCGGGGUAAAGGUGGGACAUGGAGCCAGGAAUGAAUCCCAACUUCCUAAAGAAUUCAACUGGGAGCCCUGAUGGUCUAAUGCAGCAGUUCUCAACCUGUGGGUCGCAACCCCUUUGGGGAUCGAAAGACCCUUUCACAGGGGUCGCUUAAGACCAUAGGAAAACACAUAUUUCCAAUGGUCUUAGGGACUGAGACAUUGCAAUUAUAUGGUUGGGGGUGGCCACAACAUUAAGAACUGUAUUAAAGGGUUGCAGAAUUAAGAAUGUUGAGAACCACAGGACUCUAAUGGGUUCUGAACCAGUUUUGAUCCAUAGCAUUCCACAGUCAGGAUCAAAACCAUCAUUAUUCCAGCCCAGACCACUUCAGCACAGAUAUAUGAAUAUAUUUGUAUGCAAGGAUAUAUUUUAAUGUUCCUUCUAAAAUCUCUGGAGGCUUGAGAACAUAGAAAAACUAGAGACCUGAAUGACUGGGAUCACUGGCCCCAGUUAAGAUUUUGCAGUGGCCCCAGGUUUCUUGUUCAAGGAAUGCAAAAAAGCUGCCUUGGGCUUAUCCUCUUCAGUAUUAUCUAUAGUAUGUCUGGCUGCAACACUCCAAUAUUUCAAAUAGGGCUUUCCCUGGAGAUGCAGGGACUGGAUCUAGGACCUUCUAUGCAUAAAGCAGAGCCUCCAUCACAGACCCCCAUGAACAUGAAAAUCAAAACUGAAGAUGCCCAUGGAGAAAGAUGCUCAGGUGUAUCCUCAGUCCGCACUCGUAUUCUUAACAAGUAUUUCCCUUUCCUCCUCCAUUGAUCAAAUUUCUGGGAGGCCGUCAUGGGAUAUUUCUAAAUACCCCAACAUCUCAAAAUUUGGGAAAAGGGUCCAAGCGCCGAAACGUAGAUGUGAUUUUUCUAGGUAAGAGCUCAGAGGCUGACCUUUGGCUCAUGGCUCCUUUGGGGAUGCUGGGACUCAUAGUCCCAAUUUUCCCACACUCCAAGCCAGAACGGAUUAACUAUCGGUUGGAUCCGGUGAUGCUCUUAGUCUAUUUUUGUUACGCCAGGGUUUAAUUUUUGGGAUUGUGGAGGGGCUUGCGGGGGGGAGAGAAAGAGAGAUGCUUGACAUGUUUGGCCCGUCAUAAAUGCACUUAGGGGAGGAGGUUCUCAAUAGGGUGUUUGAGGGAGCAGAGAGGGAAGGGUUUGGGGGACAUUUAGCUCAACCAGGGAUACAGGUCCAUACUGGCUCCCCCCGAAUCUGUGACCCCCGUUCAUUCCCGGGGUGUUGCCUCUUUCUCCCCCACUAAAGGGGGAACAAUAAAAUAAAAAAUAAGCACACUGUAAAUAGGGUGUGGGAAGCAUGUGGGCCUUGAGACAAGAGCCGGGCGGGUGUGACAUGCGUUCUCUCGUGACCUGUGCUCCCCUCACCCCUGGAAGUUUCUCAUCUUUUAAAUAUGCCCGUCUCUCCUGCAUGCGACAGCAGUACAAAAACUUCUCUGUAUCACUCUGGAGAAAACAAAGAUUCUCUCCCUUCCAAUAAA